UCGUCCUCUUCCCGGUUCGGCCCCUUCCUCCUCCGCGCCGCGAAACCCUAGCCCGCCUCCAUGGACGACCCUUCCUCCGGCUCCAACAAGCGCAAGCGCAAGCGCGGCCGCAAGCCCAAGGCCUCGCCGCCCUCCCCCGACCGGUCCUCCCCCUCUCCGGUGCCCGCCCCCGCCCCGGCGGGCCGCCGGGGCCGCAAGCCCCGCCGCCACGAGGCCCCCGCCGACGCGGACGCCGCGCGGCCGCCGUCCCCGCCCCGCCGCGGGGAGCCGAAGCCCGUGGCUAAUGGAGGCGACGCGGUGGCCGUGGCGGUGUCGGAGGCGGCCCCCGCGAGCUGGGAUGAGGUUGUGCGGGUGGUGCCGUGCAUGGACGCCGUGGUCAAGGUGUUCUGCGUGCACACCGAGCCCAACUUCUCGCUGCCGUGGCAGAGAAAGCGGCAGUACAGCUCCAGCAGCAGCGGUUUUAUCAUCGGCGGCCGCCGUGUCCUCACCAAUGCCCACUCCGUCGAGCACUAUACCCAGGUUAAGCUGAAGAAGCGCGGCUCCGACACCAAGUACCUUGCCACCGUCCUGGCCAUCGGCACGGAGUGCGACAUUGCACUCUUAACUGUCAGUGACGAUGAAUUCUGGGAAGGGGUUUCACCUGUUGAGUUUGGAACAUUACCGGCUCUUCAGGAUGCAGUCACUGUUGUUGGUUAUCCAAUUGGAGGAGAUACCAUAUCUGUGACAAGCGGAGUGGUCUCUAGGAUAGAAAUACUUUCAUAUGUUCAUGGCUCUACAGAACUUCUAGGCUUGCAGAUAGAUGCAGCUAUUAAUUCAGGAAAUUCAGGUGGCCCAGCUUUUAAUGAUAGGGGUAAAUGUGUGGGUAUAGCUUUUCAAUCUCUCAAACAUGAAGAUGCAGAGAAUAUUGGCUAUGUGAUACCGACCCCAGUUAUUACACAUUUCAUCCAGGACUACGAGAAAUCUGGAGAAUAUACAGGCUUCCCUAUACUUGGAAUUGAAUGGCAGAAAAUGGAGAAUCCUGAUCUCCGCAAAUCGAUGGGAAUGAAACCAGAUCAGAAGGGUGUUCAUGUUAGGAGGGUGGAGCCCACUGCCCCCGAAUCUGGAUGUCUACAACCAUCUGAUAUUAUUCUUAGCUUUGAUGGUGUUGACAUUGCCAAUGAUGGAACAGUUCCUUUCAGGCAUGGCGAGCGCAUUGGCUUCAGUUACCUGGUUUCUCAGAAAUAUACUGGAGAGAAAGCUCUUGUUAAAGUUCUGCGCAAUUCAAAAGUUCAUGAAUUUAAGAUAAGGCUAGCAACUCACAAGCGACUAGUUGCAGCGCAUGUAAAGGGCAGGCCACCAUCAUAUUACAUUGUUGCUGGCUUUGUCUUUGCAGCUGUCUCUGUUCCAUAUCUUCGAUCCGAGUAUGGAAAAGAUUAUGAAUAUGAUGCGCCUGUCAAGUUGUUGGUGAAGCAUUUACAUGCAAUGGCAGAAUCACCUGAUGAACAGCUUGUGGUGGUAUCACAGGUGCUUGUGGCAGAUAUCAAUAUCGGUUAUGAAGAAAUUGUCAAUACCCAGGUUCUUGCUUUCAAUGGUCAACCUGUAAAAAAUUUGAAGAACUUAGUGACCAUGGUGGAAAAUUGCAAGGAUGAAUUUUUGAAGUUUGAUCUGGAGUAUGACCAGAUUGUUGUUCUGGAGACAAAAACCGCGAAGGCUGCUACCCAGGACAUUCUGACGACGCACUGUAUACCUUCUGCCAUGUCGGAUGACCUGAAGGCCUAAUGGGGGCAUGCAUGAUUCAGCCCUAGGCCAUCAGGUGGCCCAAUAGCUUGGGCCACAUUUUUUGUUGAACUGAUUAGCGCGUAGCAUACAUGUGCCCAGUCCGUGAUAAAAGAACCCCAUUCUAUGAAUGAAAUUUCUUUUUGAGGGGUCCUGGGUGUCAAAGAGUCUUAGCUGCGCCAUCAUAGAAGGCUCCGAGGGAGUGUCACCGUCAGAUAACAUAAGCUGGAGUUGUUACCAGCAGAGAGUCGCCAUGGAAAACGAUAGUAGCUAGUAAGAAAAGUUGAGUUUUUGCUCCAUGAUUUCAUUACAAUCACACCGAAUCGGUAAUGAGACAAGAAAUUACAGUACCCAGUGAUACUAUAACGAGUCUUUUGCAUUGUCA